UAAUUUCGUUGAUUUUUGUAGACCCUGAUGAAACUGCUAUCUUAAUUCAUCAGGAAUGAUGGUGAUUAAAGUUCUAUUAAUUUUUUUACUAACUUCCACCUCACCUAUUUGGGCUUCAACUUUGAUAUCUGUAAUUCAGGUUUUUCGCCAUGGUCAAAGGACCCCAAUAUCACAUUAUGCCAAUGAUCCUUACUCAGAUCCUUCAAAUUGGCCAGUAUCACCGGGACAACUAACCAAUAUUGGAAAAACUCAACACUUCCAACUGGGGGAAUAUACUCGUCAAAGAUAUAACGAAUCAUUACCAUUAGCUUACGCUAGUGAGUUCUUUUAUGCACAAACUACAGAUGUCGAUAGAACUCAUAUGUCUGCUCAAUGCAACGUAUUAGGAUUAUUUCCACCUACAAGAACCGAACUUUGGAAUCCAGACAUACAUUGGAGUCCCAUUCCCAUUCACCCUUCACCUUCAAAUAUUAUAAAUACAUUUCCCCAGUGUGCCGCUUAUUCAAGAGAACGAUCAAGAGUUCUGGAAAAUGAACCAUAUUAUAAGGAUAUUGAUAAGACAUACGCAGAAACGUACAAAUACCUUACCCAAUACAGUGGCGAUAAUAUCACCUCACUGAGUGACAUUGGCGACAUUUUCGAUACCCUUUUUAUUGAAAAUGAAUUUGAGUAUGAUCUACCUCCUUGGACAGAAGCAGUUUUUCCGGAACCUUUGACCACACUAGGUGGAUAUUUAUUCCAGAGUUUAGGAUAUAGUACAACUUUGGCUCGUCUUGGAGCUGGAACAUUCCUUAAUGAAGUGAUAGACCACUUCGAAAAAAUGAGAGAAAAUCCUUCCAGUGGUCAAUUUUUCAGAAUGUAUAGCGCUCACGAUAACAAUAUCGUCCAAAUACUCUCAGCUCUCGGGGCAUAUGAGCCUCACGCUCCAUACUACGCAAGCAGCAUCUAUUUUGAAUUGAGACAAGCUAAUUUUGGGGUUUACCAUGUCAACAUCUACUACAAACAAAAGGAUGUUAUCCAAAAAAUAACACCGCGAGGAUGUUUUCAGUUCGAUUGCAACCUAAAUAAUUUGAAAAACCAACUAAGUGAUGUCCUCAUUAAUUCGGAUACAUGGGCUGAGGAAUGUGCCUCCUGAACAAGAUUCAAUUGAACAAGAUUACAAAUUGUAUGCAGAACGUUAAAAAAAUUAAAUUUCAGAGUAUUUUACAGAAAAAAAGUUGUUUUCUAGUCCCUAAAUAUUUAUGUGAGAGAAAAAGACCUUCUAGUCUCAUUAAAAAAAAUAGGUAACAAGAA